GGGCUAGCGUAGGCUGCGCACUCGGAGUGGGAGGGGUGCGGCGCCGCGUCGGGAGUUGCAGCGGUCUGGGUCAGGCUGCCCGCUCGCCCGCUGGUGGUCCCUCCUGCAGCCCGCCUGCGGGGCAGGGCCGGCUCGGCCCGGCCAUGGAGUCCUACGACAUCAUCGCCAACCAGCCCGUGGUCAUCGACAACGGCUCGGGGGUGAUCAAGGCUGGCUUUGCAGGAGACCAGAUUCCCAAAUACUGUUUCCCAAACUAUGUCGGGCGCCCCAAGCACAUGCGGGUGAUGGCUGGAGCCCUGGAAGGGGAUCUCUUCAUCGGACCAAAAGCAGAGGAGCACCGGGGGCUGCUGGCCAUCCGCUAUCCCAUGGAGCACGGUGUGGUGCGGGACUGGAACGACAUGGAGCGCAUCUGGCAGUACGUCUACUCCAAGGACCAGCUGCAGACCUUCUCCGAGGAGCAUCCUGUUCUUCUAACGGAAGCUCCACUCAACCCGAGUAAAAACCGGGAGAAGGCGGCAGAGGUGUUCUUUGAGACCUUCAACGUGCCAGCCCUGUUUAUCUCCAUGCAGGCAGUGCUCAGCCUGUACGCAACAGGACGCACGACAGGAGUGGUUUUAGACUCGGGGGACGGGGUCACCCAUGCUGUCCCCAUCUACGAGGGCUUUGCCAUGCCACACUCCAUCAUGCGGGUGGACAUUGCCGGCCGCGACAUCUCCCGCUAUCUCCGUCUGCUGCUGCGCAAGGAAGGGGUGGACUUCCACACCUCGGCCGAGUUUGAGGUUGUUCGGACCAUCAAAGAGCGGGCCUGCUACCUGUCCAUCAACCCGCAGAAGGACGAGGCUCUGGAGACAGAGAAGGUGCAGUACACCUUGCCCGACGGCAGCACACUUGACGUGGGGCCGGCGCGAUUCCGGGCCCCCGAGCUGCUGUUCCAGCCAGACCUGAUAGGAGACGAGAGCGAGGGGCUCCAUGAGGUGCUGGCCUUCGCCAUCCACAAGUCCGACAUGGACCUCCGCCGGACGCUGUUCGCCAACAUCGUGCUUUCGGGUGGCUCCACGCUUUUCAAAGGUUUUGGUGACCGAUUACUAAGUGAAGUAAAGAAGCUUGCCCCAAAGGACGUCAAAAUCAAGAUCUCGGCCCCUCAGGAACGGCUGUACUCCACGUGGAUCGGUGGCUCCAUCCUGGCCUCGCUGGACACGUUUAAGAAGAUGUGGGUGUCCAAAAAGGAAUAUGAAGAGGACGGCUCCCGUGCUAUUCAUCGGAAAACCUUUUAGCGCCCAAGGAAGAGGGUGUAGCACAUUGGGAGAAUGGGAGGAAAGGGGAGCCAGAGGCCUUAACCCUUUUUGGUCCAGGUCCACAUACUAGGCCUAGGGCCCCCUGCAUGCCCUGAACCCCGGGCAGGUGGUGCAACAGUGCUUCCUCACAGUCCUCCCCCAACACACACACACGCACGUGCACACACACGGUAACGUAGCUGCAUGGGUGAGAGGCUUGAGUUGGAAGAUGUGACUUGAGGACCCCAGCUUUGACUGUUCUCGGUAUCCCCCUUGGCAGAGCCAGUUAGGCCGAUGGCUCCUUGCCCUGAGCCUUGGGGCUGCUUCCCCAAGCUAAGGCCAGACACCCCCGUUUCCUCUGACAGGCUUCCUCCCGGGGCCAGAGCGCCUAGUUGCCUGUGUAACUCGCCCUGGCGUGGAGUGGAGGAGGGGGUGGCCAGCAGCUCCCCGCUGGUGUGUCACUGCUUCUCACGCCACCUCCUCUCCCUGACCCGACAGGGUAGCCCGGAGGGCCACCCCUCCGCAUCCCUGACCCUUUCACACUGUCCUCCCACCUUCCUGGGUAGAUACCUUGGUGUUGGCUGGGUACUAGGCAGUCUUCCGUCCCUAGUGAGGGGGUCCGGCCGGGGGUCCGAUCCUUUGGAGCCAAGGCAGAGGAUGCAGGGGUUCAGGUAGCCAUAGUGUGUUCAUUCUCCCCUUCAAAGCACUUCACUGACUUGCUGCUCCCUCUCCUUCACCCCAGUACCCGGGACAGGAAGGGUUAAUGGUUUUCAUUUGUUGAGGGGAAGCCACUAAAUCAGGAGUCAGACCUAGUGGGGCAGAGGGGGACACAUAUCCUUCUCCCACGAAAGAGGUCUUCAUUUACCCUGUGGCCAGGACCCCCACCUCCCUGUCCCAGAUAUGUACAAUAAUUUAACACAGUUGCCUGAAAAAAACUUUUUUUGUAAAUCAUUAUAGUAAUAAUUACGGACAAGG